UCAACGGGGCUAGCGGUGGCCGUUCUAAGACGGCUUCAAGGUGAACAUGUAUUCGGCUUCAAGGUAUGCCCUCCCCAGAAUUGCUCGCUUUCUUCCACCUUCUUCAUCUUUUAUCCUCCCAGCUUUCCCUUAUUCCUUCAACCUCAAUUUCUUUGCUCAUUCCCAAACCCCAAAUGCAAAUAACAUUCCCGAGAGCGUAGCUUCAUUCAAUCGCUUGCUCCAUCUGCAUCCCCCACCUUCCAUCCGCCAAAUUAAUAAGAUUUUAGGAUCACUUGCCAAGGCUGGACAUCAUCGCACUGCCAUAUCAUUGUGUGCACAAGCUGAGUUCAGGGGAUUCACACCCGAUUUAUUUACACUGAGCAUCUUGAUCAAUUGUUACUGCCAUUUGGGUCAGCUGUAUUCUGCUUUCUCAAUAUUUGGGAGUAUUCACAAGAUGGGUCUUCAACCGAGUAUUGUAACUGUCACUACGCUGAUAAAAGGACUGUGCAUUAGGAACCAGGUUGGAGAAGCAUUGGACUUUUAUGAUGACCUCAUGGCCAAGGGAUUUCAAUUAAAUGAAGUUAGUUAUGGAACUUUGGUUAACGGGCUGUGUAAACUUGGCAAAUUAAGGUCUGCCAUUAAAUUGGUCGAAAAGAUGGAGAGCCAGUUAUUUAAGCCUAAUGUAGUCAUCUACACCACAAUCAUUGACAGUCUUUGCAAAGGUGGACAUGUUGUUGAGGCCUAUGAAUGGUAUUUAAAAGUGAUUGAUCAAGGAAUUUUACCAGAUAUUGUCACUUAUAACUCUCUAAUCCAUGGUCACUGUAGCAAGGGACAAUGGCAAGAAGCAAAUCGGUUUCUCCAUGAUAUGGUUCUGAAAGGCAUCAAACCUAAUAUUUGUACAUUUAAUAUAUUGAUUAAUGUGUUCUGUAAAGAACGAAAGAUCAUAGAAGCUGAAGUAGUGCUUGCCAGGAUGAUGAAAUGUGGUGAGAGACCUACUGUUGUAACUUACAGUUCUUUAAUGGUUGGGUAUUUUUUGAUGAACGAUGCUAAUGAGUCAAAAGAAGUAUUUGAUAAGAUGGUCCGAAUUGGAUUGAAACCCGAUGUGGUUAGUUUUAAUGCACUGAUUGAUGGAUUAUGUAAGAUCAAGAUGGUCGAUGAAGCUAUGGCUCUGUUUAAAGAAAUGCGUAGUAAAAACGUUCAUCCUGAUGCAUGGACGUACAACUGUCUUAUUGAUGGCAUGUGCAAAUCAGGAAAAAUGUCAUGUGUGCGAGAUCUUGUUUAUGAUAUGCGUGAUAGUGGCCAUGCCCCUGGUGUAGUCACCUAUAAUAUUUUGUUAGAUGCGUUUUGUAAAGGCCAACAUCUUGAUGAGGGCAUUGCAUUAUUUCAACAAAUGGUUGCUCAAGGAGUCCAGCCUGAUUUGCGCACAUACACUAUACUUAUUCAUGGUUUGUGUAAAGGUGGUAGACUAAAUGAUGCUCGAGAGAUUUUUGAAUAUCUGUUGAUCAGUGGCUUCUGCCUUGAUGCCUUCGCAUAUAACAUUAUCAUCAUGAGCCUUUGCAGACAUGGUUUAGUUGAAGAAGCUAUGACUUUGGUUUCAAGAAUGACAGAGAAUGGCUGCCUCCCUGAUUCUGUAUCUUAUAAAGCACUUAUUGGUCGUCUUUUGGAAAAAUGUAGGAAUGAUGAAGGAGAGAAUCUUCUUCAUGUGAUGAUGGGUAGUGGUCUUCUGAAAAAAUGAAACAAGGCUGCUAAGGGAGGUGGAGAACCCUCUACCGAGAGAAGAUGAGGUUAACUAUCAUGAACAUGUGAUUCUUUAACGCUUGAAUUUCCAUAGUUCGAUUUUUAUUUAUUAGAAAUAUAGUAAAUUGAUGAACGGUGGAAGAUUAUUUUUUUUCCUUGCCAAUUCAGCAGCAGAUAUGCGGUCCUUGGAAAAUAUAGAUCAGAUCAUGACUGCAAAAUUCAUUUGGAACAUUUCACGUGCAUUUUAAAGGU